UUCCAGGUCAGGGAAAGGGUGUAACUCAUAGAGAACAGUAGAGCUGUGAUGGUCGGCUUCGGGAGCAGCUGCAACACGCCCUGAUCCCAAUGGCAACGGCAGCAGCAAAGGCUGCUUCUUCGGAGGCGGCCAUGGACCUGCGUCUGGAGCAGGCUCGGAUCUUCAAGGAGGAAGGAAACCACUGUUACAAAGAGAAGCGUUUCCGUGACGCCGUGAGCCGCUACCACUGGGCCUUGCUGCAGGUGAAAGGCCUGGAUCCCAGCGUGCCGUCUCCGUUGCAGGAAUUUGGUGGGGAGAGGCCUCCUGUCACCCCUGAGCAGGAGAGGGCACUGCACAGCACCCAGGGUGACUGCUAUAAUAACCUUGCCGCGUGCCUCCUCCAAAUGCAACCGGUGAACUACGAUCGCGUGAAAGAGUACAGCCUCAAAGUCCUGGAAAGGCAGCCGGAGAACGCCAAGGCAUUGUAUCGAGCCGGGGUGGCUUCCUACUACCUGCGGGAUUACGACCGGGCACGCCACUUUCUCCUUGCAGCAACCAGCAAGCAGCCCAAAGAUGCCAACGUGAAGCAUUACCUGCAAUUGACAGAAUCUCAGCUGAGCAGCUACCACCAAAAGGAAAAACAGCUGUAUAUGGGGAUGUUUGGCUAGAGGUGAUGAUUUCUCCAUGGAAACGCCUGGAAGCAGCGUUGUGUUGGCUCCCGCCUUGUCGUGGGCCGUACAGAUCCAUUGGCUUCGGAGGCAUCAGAUACGCGGUGCCUUGAAAAAUGUGCUCAGUGGCUGGCCUUGCCUGGAACGGUGUGAGCAGCAGAGGGGGCCUCCUUUAUCGGUUUUCUCUGUUUCGGAUGGGAAUGGAUUGGGGCACGGACUGCGUAACCCCAAAGUUGGUCCCCUCCCUCCAUUGCAGCAAAAGGGGAGAACCACGGGGGCAUUGAUUCCGUGGCUGUUUUGUUAUUCUCCCCGCAAUUGGUUUAUAAAGUAGUGUGGAAAAUUAACAUUA